GUAAACUCUACUUUUAUUUUCUUUAUUUACUUAAUAAAUAAAAAAUUAUUGAAAGAUCAAAGAGAGUGCUAUCCCUUUGAUAUACGAAUCCAUCUUAGUUUUCUUGUAUCAGACACAGACUUGUUCAAGAGAAUAUUGACAUUUUAUUUGAAUAAUUAUGGUGAGUGUUGUGGGAGAGAUGUUUUGUAAUCCGUACACGACGGAGUUAGUGGUGAGAAGGCGGCGUGAGAGCCUCAAAAGGGAUCGUUUUGACGUCUUCGAUCUAUCGGACAAUCUCAUCUUCACCAUCGACGGUGGUACAUGGAACAUCCGCCGUAAACGUGUCCUCCGUGACGCCACAGGUCUUUCUCUUCUCUCCAUGCGCACCAAGGGUAUUGUAACAAUGAGAUACAAAUGGGAAGUGUACAAAGGAGAAAGCACAGAAUCCGAGGAUCUUCUUUUCUCAGUAAGGGAACCAAAUCUAUUAUCCUUCAGAACAUCACUUGAUGUCUCUUUGCCGACACAACAACCUUCCACGGACAUUAGUAGUACUAUCGAGCCAGAUUUUCAAACUUAUGGUCGUUACAUUGGUUCUUCUUUCAAACUCUUUGAACCAAUUCAUAAUACUCUUCUUGCUGAGGUGGUUCAUGAUUUCUCAUGGGGAGGACUUAUAAUAGGGAAUUACAGCUUCAAAGUGAGAGUUAAUCCAUAUGUGGAUUUCGCAUUUGUCAUCGCGUUACUUGUAAUUGCAGAUGAUACAUCCAAUCUACGUUAGAGAAGUUUCUACAUAUCUUAGCUGGUUUCUACAUAUCUUAGCUGGUUUAAGAAUAAGAUCGGAAUGGGCUGUAAAUUAGUAAUCAUACAUCGUUAUCAGAUAUUCAGACUGUAUAUUGUUGAGACUGAGUACUUGAGGUUUGUCUACUUUUUUUUAUCAGAUAUUCAGAUUGUAUAUUGUUGACUCUUUCUUUC